CAGGGGCGGGGGCGCGGCGGCGGCGGCGGCGGCGGCAGCGGAUGGACCUGUUCGGGGACCUGCCCGAGCCCGGCGGGGCGGCGGGGGGGAAGGAGGCCCCGGGCGGGCCGCGGCUCUUCGACGACCUCCCGCCGGCCGGCAGCGCCGAGGCAGGCGCGGGGGGCUCGCUGCUCUUCGACGACCUCCCGCCGGCCGGCAGCGGCGACCCAGCCUCCAGCGCUGCCGAGCAGGUCUCAGCAGGGAGCCAGGUGAAAGGGGAGAAGAGGAAGUCCUUGGAGGAGGAAGAGAAGAAUGGCAGGGAAGAACUUGUGGAAAAGAAAGUUUGUAAAGAGUCAGUGGGCAUCCUCGGACUGAAGGGUUACGUGGCGGAGAGGAAAGGUGAAAGGGAAGACAUGCAGGACGCCCACGUCAUCCUGAACGAUAUCACGGAGGAGUGUCAGCCGCUGCCCUCCCAAAUCACGCGCGUCUCGUACUUCGCUGUUUUUGAUGGCCACGGGGGAGUCCGAGCCUCAAAAUUUGCGGCACAGAACCUGCACCUCAACCUCAUCAAGAAGUUUCCGAAAGGUGAGGUGGUCAGCGUGGAGAAGACAGUGAAGAGAUGCCUUCUGGACACCUUCAAACAUACAGACGAAGAGUUUCUAAAGCAGGCAUCCAGCCAGAAGCCGGCGUGGAAGGAUGGCUCCACAGCGACUUGUGUCCUAGCUGUCGACAACAUUCUCUACAUCGCCAACCUGGGGGACAGCCGGGCGAUCCUGUGUCGGUACAAUGAAGAGAGUCAGAAGCACACGGCCUUAAGCCUUAGCAAGGAACACAACCCCACCCAGUACGAGGAGCGCAUGCGGAUACAGAAAGCCGGGGGAAAUGUCAGGGAUGGCAGAGUCCUCGGAGUGCUGGAGGUUUCCCGCUCCAUCGGGGAUGGCCAGUACAAACGCUGCGGUGUUAUCUCUGUGCCAGACAUCAAACGCUGCCAGCUCAUGCACAAUGACAGGUUCAUCCUGAUAGCGUGUGAUGGCCUCUUUAAAGUCUUUACGCCAGAAGAAGCUGUGAACUUCAUCGUAUCCUGCCUGGAGGAUAAGAACAUCCAGGCGAGAGAAGGGAAGCUGGAAGCAGAUGCCAGAUACGAAGCUGCCUGUAACAGACUGGCCAACAAGGCGGUGCAGCGAGGGUCAGCAGACAACGUUACGGUCAUGGUGGUCCGGAUAGAGCACUGAACGACGAGGGGCAGCAGCAGGGCCCCCAGCUUGUGGCAGAUGUAAAGAUGGGAGAAGUUGGCGUGGGUGCGUGCGUGGCGGGGGGAGGGAGGCUCCUGCUGGGUGCUCCUCAGUGUAAAUAAAGUUUUUUUUCUAAUA